UCCCAAUCCGUGAUUGCCACUGAAAUCACCAUUAAAAUCCUAUUUAAUAAAACGAAAACCCAACACUCACAACCAGAAAUUUGUUCUCUUUCUUCAAUUCGCAAAAAUGUCACGAUGAUCAUCGCCGUGUCGAUGUCGACCAAGAGUUCCGACGGCGGCGGCGGAACUGGCGAUAAAGGAGCUGCGCCGGGUCUGAACUUGUUGGCCGAUGUAGCUCAAUUCGUCAGCUUAUGCAAGGAGAAUGGCUGCCGCCACCAAGACCCGAGCUCCUGUUACAAUCAGCAGGUAAUCAGCAAGAAGCGGAAAUUCCCCCUUCAUCAUGACAAUCAACAACAACACGAAAAAGAUGGCGUCUUCGUCAAGCCAAGAAGGUUUAGCAUUCAAUUCGGCAGGGAAGAGCUCCAACCUUCCAUGGCUAGAGAAGAAGAAUUCCGUGGACUAGAAAAGGUCGCGAAUUCGAAUCUCUGCUCUUCCUCUACUUCGAGGAUCCAAAAAGAGUACAAUAGCAGAAAUAAAGAACUAGAGAAGGGCACAAAAUGUUCAAUCCCCUGUCCUUCUAUUAUAAGAAAAAAAUCCAAACAUUUCGGAUUAAUUCGCUACAACAGCAGCAGCGUCGUCGAGGUCAAGCGUUCAAGUCCCCACGUUCGUACUAUCGAACCUCGAGGAUCGGAGCGAAAUUUCAAUCCCCUCGGUACUAACCCACCGCCGCCGCGCGCUGCCCAACAGCUCGCGGCUCUAACAUCCGACCUGCGCCAGAGGAUCGCGGCGGCGACCAAGGGCAGAGUGGCCGACGCGACGGGGUUCCGGCUGGCGAUCGCCAAGCCGCUGUUCAAGUCGGAUCUCAGCCCGGGCCUGGCGCGGCUGUCGAUCCCCAGCGGCCAGAGGACGUCGGAGUUCCUGACGGCGGCGGAGAAGGCGAGGCUGGCCAAGGACGAGAGGUUCGAUGUCGGGGCGUUCGUGGUGGUGAAGUACCCUGACGUGGCGGUGGAGGUCGGCGGCGAGGUCCGCGUCGGGGAGUGGGAGAUGGGCAGCAGAGUGUGCGUUCUGACGGGGAGAGGUUGGAAAGCCGUUACGCAGAUGGAGGAGCUGGAGCUUGAGAGGGGUGAGGAAGUGGAGCUGUGGAGGUUUGGAUAUUGUGGUGGUGAAGCUGCAGGGGAGAUGGUUGGGUUUGUGCUGGUUAAUGUCAGUUCUCGGCGGCGGUGGUGGCCGGAGCUGGAAAUCGGCGGCGAGGGAGUGGAGAAGGGAGAAGGGUAGUGACGUAGUGUAGUGAGAUGUUGCGAGGGAGGAGAAAGGUGGGCAAAAUGAUUCUUUGAAGUGUUACAUAAAUAUGAGACAUAUAAGUAUUGUUUGUAUAAGUUAAUAUGAUUAAACUGAUAGUCUAACGGUAAGCUGUCGUGACAGUGAAAAUAUUUGGCGUCGUAUCUAAUGCAGCUGGCUCCUGGUUUAGUGGGCACAAGUGACACGUGUGGUUGAAGUACCUCGAAAAUAAAAUAAAAAAUUUAGUUCAACAUUGUAUAAUAUUUGGGGUAAGAAUUUCACUUAAAAGUUUGUCCUGUUUAUCACAUUAUUAUGACUAACUGUACAAAUUAACUCUGGUUUAUCAACAUUGUAUGAUAUUUGGGGUAAGAAAUUCACUCUGGUUUA